UGGCCCGGAUGUCCGGCCGCUGAGGCUGCAUCUGCAGAAUCCCGAGCUGCUCCUGGCAAGCCUACCAGCGGCCAAUGGCUGUCGAUAUUCAACCAGCAUGCCUUGGACUUUAUUGUGGGAAGACUCUGUUAUCUAAAAAUGGCUCAAAUGAAAUAUAUGGAGAGUGUGGGGUGUGUCCAAGAGGACAGAGAACAAAUGCACAGAAGUAUUGUCAGCCAUGCACAGAGUAUCCAGAACUUUAUGAUUGGCUCUACCUUGGAUUUAUGGCUAUGCUUCCUCUUGUCUUACAUUGGUUCUUCAUUGAAUGGUACUCGGGUAAAAAGAGUUCCAGUGCACUUUUCCAGCACAUCACAGCAUUGUUUGAAUGCAGUAUGGCAGCUAUUAUCACCUUACUUGUGAGCGACCCCGUUGGUGUUCUCUAUAUCCACUCAUGUCGAGUGUUGAUGCUUUCUGAUUGGUACACUAUGCUUUACAACCCAAGUCCAGAUUAUAUCACCACAGUGCACUGCACUCAUGAAGCUGUCUACCCCCUGUACACCAUUGUAUUUAUCUAUUAUGCAUUCUGCUUGGUAUUAAUGAUGCUUCUCCGACCUCUUCUGGUAAAGAAGAUUGCCUGUGGGUUAGGGAAGUCUGAUCGCUUUAAAAGUAUUUAUGCUGCACUUUACUUCUUCCCAAUUUUAACCGUACUUCAGGCAGUUGGCGGAGGCCUUUUAUAUUAUGCCUUCCCCUACAUUAUAUUAGUAUUGUCUUUGGUUACUCUGGCUGUGUACAUGUCGGCUUCUGAAAUAGAGAACUGCUAUGACCUUCUGGUCAGAAAGAAGAGACUUAUUGUCCUCUUUAGCCACUGGCUACUCCACGCCUAUGGAAUAAUCUCCAUUUCCAGAGUGGACAAACUUGAGCAAGAUUUACCACUUUUGGCUUUGGUACCCACACCAGCGCUUUUUUACUUGUUCACUGCAAAAUUUACUGAACCUUCACGGAUACUCUCAGAAGGAGCCAAUGGACACUGAAUGUACGAUGCCAAGAAAAGUAUAUUUAUACUAUUGUCAUACAUGAAAUAAGUGUAUCUUAGUGUUUUGACGUAACAGUUUUAACUGUCAGUAAAUAACAGGAAUUUCAGACAUUUCUCCGUCUGAAAUUACACAGUAUAAUACACUAUGCACUUAGCAUUGGCACAUGAUACUAGAUGCCUAUUAGGGUGCACUUACCUCCACAACAAUUCAGAUUUUAGGGCAAAACUAUGUCCUUGUGUACCCAGAGACGUGUGGUUUCCAUUUCUAUUAAGAAAAACUUAAGUAUAUAAUCUGAAAUCCUUAGCAUUGGCACGGUUGUGCAUGCCCUUGUAUUUCAGUUAUAAUGCAUUAUAAGGACAAACAUUUGUGGGAGGUCUCAUAACAAACAUGGAAGUAAAGUAUGUUGUUUUUGUUACCUAUUUAUUUUCACCAAUGCAGUAUUUUGAUCUGUAGAAAAAUAGAGCAUAACUUAUUUAACAGGUUAUCUGUUCAUAAGGUAGUUUGGUUGUAGACAUCGUCAAAUUAUUUCUUUUUCUGUAACGAAAAUAAUAAAAUUUAAUCAUAAGAAAUGUCAAGAUUAGUAUCUCUUUCCCAAGUGAAUAUGUAUUCAUACUCAAA